CAAUUUUGACCAAAACCCUUAAACCCUGAAACCCCAAAUCAAAGGCCGCCGUAAGGGACGCACAACGAAAGAAAAUGGAGUUUCAGAAGAGGAAGAGCGCGGCCCUUGCCGCCAUGAACUCGGCGGCGCCAGACAAAUCGCCCAAAGGCACCAUAGACGCGCCGAUCAUCCCGCUGUUAAUCUCGAUCAACUCCCACCCCUCUUACUUCACGACUAGCUCUUGCUCCGGCCGCAUCUCCAUCCUCUCUCAGCCCACCGCCUCUCCCUCCUCGGCCAAGAAGAAGGCUAGGGGCGGCACCUGGCUACUCUUGUCUCACGAACCAGUUCAUCCCUCCUCCGUGUCCGCCCUACUCUUUCCCUCUCGGCCGCCUCUCCCCGAUGCAAUGGAAGAGCAGAGCAUUGUGUUUAGGUUCGAACCGUUGAUAAUCGCCGUCGAGUGUGUGAAUGUGGAAGCGGCUCAGUCUUUGGUUUCUCUUGCUAUUGCUUGUGGGUUCAGAGAGAGUGGCAUUACAAGUGUGAGCAAGAGAACUAUAAUUGCUAUACGGUGCUCGAUACGGAUGGAAGUGCCGCUGGGCAGCACACAUAAGCUUAUGGUGACCCCUGAGUAUGUAGAGUAUCUUGUUGGUAUAGCUAAUGAGAAGAUGGGGACUAACAGGAAAAGGACCGAUCAUUUUCAUAAUAAGCUAUCUGAGAAUGGAUUUCCGGGAACUGAGAUUGAGGCAGAUGGUGAAAUUAUCGGAAAUGGUGAAGAAACGUAUCUUGAGGCUAAAAGAAUUGAAGUUUUGGGGAGUUCUGAGGUGAGUGAAAUGGAGGUCUUGGAGGGACAGUUGGGGCCUGAAAGCAAAUAUAAUCGCAAUGUUGAGUAUGGAUCAGUGCAAGUGUUUGGCGUUGAUCUCUCUGUUAUUGAAGUUGUUGGUGAACCUGUUGAGAGACUCUUCUUGUGGGGUCACUCCUCUUGUACUUUGAGCCAAAAGAAGAUUAUCAUUUUUGGUGGCUUUGGAGGUAUUGGAAGACAUGCACGCAGAAAUGAUCUUUUGAUUUUUGAUGCUAAAUCUGGAUUUGCGGAGGUAAUUGUUGCUGCUGGAGCCCCAUCUCCUCGGCUAGGUCACACAUCUUCUCCAGUAGGAGAUUUCAUAUAUGUAAUUGGAGGUAGGGCUGACCCCAUGAAUAUCCUGAACGAUGUUUGGGUAUUUCAUAUGCCAAAGAAAGAGUGGAAGCUUUUGAUAUGUUCUGGUAGUUUGUUCCCUCCAAGGCAUCGGCAUGCAGCUGCUGUUGUUGGUUCAAAAAUAUAUGUGUUUGGUGGAAUCCAUGAUAAUUCAGUCUUAUCAUCUAUUUACGUCUUUGACACUGUCACGUCUGAGUGGUCGGAGAUACAAUCACAUGGAGACCUGCCUGGUCCCCGUCAUUCACACUCAAUGGAUGCAAAGGGGUCUAAGCUAUUUAUGUUUGGUGGAUAUGAUGGAGACAAAGCUCUUGGGGAUCUUUACACUUUUGAUAUACAAAGAGGUCUAUGGAGUAAGUUAAAGACAAUUGGGCAAUCACCAAAUGCUAGGUUUUCGCACUUGAUGUUUGUGUAUUCAAAUUUUCUUGGUAUUUUGGGGGGAUGCCCUGUCACUGAGCAUCAGGAAUUAUUCUUACUCAACCUUCAGUCGAAUUGCUGGAAGAAGAUAGUGGUAAAGUCUGUUGAAGAAUGCCUAUUUGUUCGAAGUACAAUAAGUAUGGUUGGCGAUUAUCUGAUAAUAAUUGGUGGUGGGGCUUCUUGUUAUGCAUUUGGGACAAAGUUCAGUGUACCUAUGAAGAUUAACCUGCUUCAGUUGAUCUCCGUGUGUCAUAAUUCAGAGAAUACAGAAAAUGGAGAGAAGCAUAUGACUCAUAAAAUGGAGCAGAAGAGUGCGGCCCAUCUACAUUCCCAGUCUGUAUGUAAGGAAAAAGUUAAUGGGUGUCCUAGCCUAAAUUCUGAGUUUGAAGAAGUGAGGGUAGCUAGUGGUGAGGUGCCUACCCCUUGUGUUCUUCAGGUAGACAGGCAGUACGCGAAAAUGGCAAAGGAUUUACUAAAAAACUUUGGUUGGCUGGAUCUUGAAAGGAAGGUUUACUCCCAGGAGGGGGGCUUGCAUAUCUGUCUUCCUGUUACUAAUGAAUUCUGCAGAGUAUUAGAAGAUAACCAGGGCUUAGCUGAUAAACUUGAACCGCUAACUGAUCAGUUAUCAAAGCCAACUUUCUGGCAAAUUUUGUUGAAAGAUAUCUCCAGCUCAGCAGCUUUGAAUCUUCUUAUGUCAUUUGGUGCAACCAAGAUGGUGGAUGAAGUUAUCAAAGUCAAGAAAACUCUGAAUUCUCCUUUCAAAAUUAUGAAGGAAGCCGUAGCCUCUUUUCUGGAACAUCAUGGUCAGCCAGCUAAUCUCAUAGAACAGUUGCCCUCGAGAUGGGAGCGACUAGGGGGUAUUAUUGUGCUCCCUGUUACAUCCUUCAAAGACGAAGUGUGGAAUUCAAUUGGAGAGAAGCUUUGGCCUCUUGUUGCACGUGCUCUGGGAGCUCAACGUCUUGCACGGCAAGGCCGAAUUGCGCAAACAGAAACAAGAGAUAGUAAGUUGGAGAUUCUUGUUGGAGAUGAUGGCUGGGUUGAUCACCGUGAAAAUGGCAUACUUUAUUCUUUUGACGCCACUAAGUGUAUGUUCUCUUGGGGCAAUCUUUCUGAGAAGCUGCGGAUGGCCCAUCUUGACUGCAGAGAUCAAGUGGUUGUAGAUUUGUUUGCUGGCAUAGGGUAUUUUGUACUUCCGUUCCUUGUGAGGGCAAAUGCCAAAAUGGUUUAUGCUUGUGAGUGGAAUCCCCAUGCUAUAGAGGCACUCCAUCGCAACCUCAGUGCUAAUCAUGUGGCUGAUCGCUGUGUUGUACUGGAAGGCGAUAAUAGAGUUACUGCUCCUAAAGGAGUUGCUCACCGAGUGUGUCUUGGUCUCAUACCGUCAAGUGAAUGUAGUUGGGCGACUGCUGUCACAGCCUUAAGAGAUGAAGGUGGGGUGCUACAUAUCCAUGGGAAUGUGAAGGACACGGAGGAGGGUGUAUGGACAAACCAUGUCGUUGAAAAGAUCUCUGAGAUUUCGAAAUCAGAAGGUCGUUUGUGGGAAGUGUGGGUGGAGCAUGUUGAGAGAGUGAAAUGGUAUGCUCCUCGUAUUCGCCAUCUUGUGGUAGACGUGAGGUGCAAAGGAAGCCAAAGAUAGGAUCUGUAAUCAAGGAAGGCGACCGAAUUUACAAGUUUGCCAUUCCAUUACUGUGCCUGACAAGCAUUUUCAUUCUUUAUUCCAGCAGUUGGGAGUACUCAACUUAAUCAUUCUGUCACAUUUAUUGGAAUUGUUUACGAAUGCACUGAUUUUGAGACCUGCUUGUCUAGUGUUUUGAUGAAGGCUAUAGGUUUUGAAAAUGCACCAUUAUUCACUAUUGAAA